AUGCUGAAGUUAUCAGCUAUUCAUCAAGAUCACUCACAGAGACAGAACAAAAAUAUUUGCAAGUGGAGCGCAAAUGUCUUAGUAUCAAAUAUGCAUCGAAAAUUCAAACAAAAACUUACAGUCACCGCUGACCGAAAGAUUAUACUAAAGGGCUCCCGUAUUGUACUACCCGCUUCUUUGCACAAAGUCUCAGUUAUGCUCGCUCACUCCGGGCACCAGAGUUUAACCAAUACUAAAGCCCCAACGAUAAACAAACUGCGUAGCAUGCCAAGCCACAACAUCAAAGAGGAAAUACGAGUCCGUAAAACCAACACCCAUACACCCCCACCCUUGGCAUACCUCUUUAUGGAUUGGAAAUCGAAAUUCCCAGAAAUCGGGUUUCUAAAAAGCACCAAUUCUGCAGCCGUCAUUAAACCUUUCGAAAGAACAUUUAGCCUAUUUGGUUACCCGAACAAACUAGUGAGUGACAACGGACUACCAUUCAAAUCUUUUGAAAUCCGUAAAUACAUGGAAGAGAAAGGGAUUACGCAUCGCAAGAUCACACCAUUCUUGCCUCAAGCCAAUAGUCAGGUGGAACGCUUUAUGGGACCACUGGCAAACAGUCUCAGAAAAGCCUCCAUUGAGAACCGAGACUUUCAAAUCGCAUGCUACAACUUCCUGCUAUCUUAUUGUACUACACCCCACAGUACAACCAAUGUCACUCCGGCAGACCUGAUGUUCAAUUGUAAAAUCAAAACGACUUUACCUGACUGGACAAAUCACGUUGACGUAAACACUGAAGAUUAA